AUGAUUGAUGACGAAAAUUUAAAUGGUAAAGAACCAUUUUUAAAGAAAGAGAAUCAAUUAUUAUUUUUUUUAAAUGGUGAAAAAGUUUUAAUUAAUGAACCAAACCCAGAAUUAAGUACACUCGAUUAUAUUAGAUCGAUUGGGUUAACUGGAUUAAAGAGAGGUUGUAGUGAGGGUGCAUGUGGUAGUUGUACAUUUAUGUUAUCAAAUGUUGUGAAGGAUGAUAAUGAUACAUUCAGAAUUGUACAUCGUGCAGUUAAUGGUUGUUUAUACCCAUUAUGUGCAUUGGAUGGUAUGGCAGUUACAACCAUUGAAGGAUUAGGUAAUAUUGAUAAAGGUUUACAUUCAAUUCAAGAGAGAAUCUCAGAGAAUAGCGGUUCACAAUGUGGUUUCUGUACACCAGGUAUCAUUAUGGCAUUAUAUGCAUUCCUUAGAUCCAACCCAAAUUCAACUCAAAAAGAUAUUGAACAAAAUUUCGAUGGUAAUUUAUGUAGAUGCACAGGUUAUAGACCAAUCUUGGAUGCUGCAAAAUCAUUUGCAAAUCAACCAUCAGAUGAACAACUAGUAGAAUUACCAUUACCACCAAUGGCAACUAUUGAUGAUAAAAAAGAUGAUACACAAAUGAUUUGUCCAGGUACUGGUAAACCAUGUAAUUGUAAAACUAAAACUUCACAUAUACCAAAUAAACCAAUGGAAUUAAAUAGUGAACCAAUUUUCCCACCAUUUUUAAUGGAAUAUAAAAAAGAAUCAUUAAAGUUUACAGGAUCAAGAGUUACAUGGUAUACACCAACAACUUUAGAGGAAUUAUUAAAGAUAAAGAAAGAAAAGACCAAUGCAAAGAUUGUGGUUGGUAAUACUGAGAUUGGUAUUGAGACUAGAUUUAGGAGUAUAGUUUAUCCAACUAUAAUUUGUCCAACUAGAGUUGAAGAAUUAAUUCAAAUUCAAAAAGAAGACAAUGGUGUUAGAGUUGGUGCAAGUGUAACAUUAACAGAGAUGAAAUCCUAUUUGAAUGGAAUUAUAAAGUCAAGUGAAAAUGAUGAAAUUGCCAAUAAAAAGAAUGGCACAUUUAAAGCAAUCAUUAGUCAAUUGAAAUGGUUUGCAGGUAAUCAAGUUAGAAAUGCCGCUUCAAUUGGUGGUAAUUUAUGUACAGCUUCACCAAUCUCUGAUUUGAAUCCAGUUUUAUUAGCUGCUGGUGCAGUAUUGACAAUGGUAUCGUUGGAUGAUAAUGGUGCUAAGGUUAGAAGACAAGUGCCAAUAAAUCAAUUCUUUUUAAGAUAUAGAGUGGUUGACAUUAAACCAGAGGAGAUAUUAGAAUCUGUAUUCAUUCCAUACACUCGUCCAUUGGAGUUCAUUCAAGCCUAUAAACAAUCCAGAAGAAGGGAGGAUGAUAUUGCAAUCGUUUCAUGCUGUUUCAGAGUUUUGUUAGAACCAAUUGCAGAGUCUGCUUCAAAUACAGUGGAUAGUAAUUUCAAAAUUAAAGAUUGUGUAUUGGCAUAUGGUGGUAUGAAUGUGAAAGCGGUAACUUGUGAAAAGACUGAAAAACAAUUAAUUGGUUCAGUUUGGAGUAGAGAGUUAUUGAAUGAUGCUUGUUUGAAUCUUGAAUCUGAUUUACCAUUGGCUGCAGGUGCUCCAGGUGGUAUGAUUGAAUAUCGUCGUUCAUUGACCACUGGUUUCUUCUUUAAAUAUUUCUUAACAGUUUCAAAACAACUUUACCAAAUUUCAAAUGGUAAUCCAUUGUAUUUAGUCAGUGAUAAAGAAAAAUCAGCAACCGAUGCUUAUAGUAGACCUUUAUCAUUUGGUGAACAAAAUUACCAAACUCAACCAGAUAAACAUCCAAUCACCCAACCAAUUAAACAUCAAUCCGCUGAUAAACAAGUGACAGGUGAGGCAUUGUAUGUCGAUGAUGUAAAGAUGAAAUCGUUAUAUGCAGUUAUGGUACCAUCAUUGAAAGCUCAUGCUAAUAUUAAAUCGGUUGAUGCAUCAAAAGCAUUGAAAGCACCAGGUGUAAAAGCAUUCUUUAGUGCAAAGGAUAUUCCAGGUAUUAAUGAUUGUGGCCCUGUAAUUCAUGAUGAAGAGGUGUUUGUUACUAAAACUGCUUUAUUCCAUGGUGCACCAAUUGGUUGUAUUGUCGCUGAAACUCAUAUUCAAGCAUUGGAAGCUUCUAAAUUGGUUGCAAUCGAAUAUGAAGAGUUACCAGCCAUCACAUCAAUUGAGGAUGCAAUUUCAAAACAAUCAUUCUUCCCAUUCACUCAUUUAUUAAAAGAUGGAGAUAUGGAGAAGGGGUGGAGUGAGUCUGAUCAUAUUAUCGAUGGUGAAUUUAAAGUUGGCGCACAAGAACACUUUUAUUUGGAACCAAAUGGUACUUUGGUAAUUCCAGGCGAAGGUAAAGAAUUAACAGUUAUAUCAUCCACUCAAAAUCCAACUAAAACUCAAGCAAUCGUUGCAAGUGUAUUAGGUAUUGGUCAAAAUCAAGUUGUAUGUAAAUUAAAGAGAUUAGGUGGUGGUUUUGGUGGUAAAGAAACAAGAUCCAUCUUUUCAUCAUGUGUUGCUGCCAUAGCUUCCUAUCAUAUGAAAGAACCAGUGAGAAUCAUACUAGAUAGAGACACUGAUAUGAGUACCACUGGUACUAGACAUCCAUUCAUUGCUCGUUAUCGUGUUGGUUUCACCAAAGAGGGUCUUAUUAAAGCUUUGGAUUUGGAAUUGUAUGCCGAUGCAGGUUUCUCUUAUGAUAUCUCUGUUGGUGUAUUGGAUAGAGCUAUUUUCCACUCUGAAAACUCUUACAAGAUUCCAAAUGUAAAUAUCCUUGGUCGUUUAUGUAAAACCAAUUUACCUUCAAAUACUGCUUUCCGUGGUUAUGGUGGUCCACAAGCUAUGAUCAUUUGUGAGAAUUGGGUAGAAAAGAUUUCAAAAACCCUUGGCAUGGAUUCUUACAAGAUUAGAGAAUUAAAUUUCUACAAAGAGGCUGAAGUCACUGCAUAUAGACAAUCAGUGGUAAAUAAUAUGAUGAAACGUGUUUGGGAUGAAUUAAUGGUGAAAUCAAAUUAUCAUCAACGUUUAAUUGCUGUUGAAAAAUUCAAUAAAGAAAAUCGUUAUAAAAAGAGAGGUAUUUCAAUUAUUCCAACCAAAUUUGGUAUGUCUUUUACCGUGAAAACUUUGAAUCAAGCAGGUGCACUCGUUCAUGUUUAUACCGAUGGUACUAUAUUGGUGACUCAUGGUGGUACUGAAAUGGGUCAAGGUUUGAAUACAAAGAUGAUUCAAAUUGCUGCUCGUGCAUUCAAUGUACCAGUUUCCGAUGUUUUCAUCUCUGAAACCUCAACCGAUAAAGUUCCAAAUACUGCUCCAACCGCUGCAUCAGUAUCAUCCGAUCUUAAUGGUAUGGCAGUAUUGGAUGCUUGUCAACAAAUUCUUUUACGUAUGGAACCAAUUAGAGAAAAGAAUCCAAAUGUCCCAUUCAAACAACUUUGUACACUUUGUUUUGUUGAAAGAGUUAAUUUAUCUGCCAAUGGGUUCUAUGCAACUCCAAAUGUUGGUUACAUGUUCAAGGAUAGUGGUGUUGGUGAAGGUACACCUUUCAAUUACUUCAAUUUCGGUGCUGCUUGCUCAGAGGUCGAAAUUGAUACACUCACUGGUGACCAUACUACAUUGCGUUCAGAUGUAAUUUUAGAUGUUGGUGAUUCAUUGAAUCCAACCAUUGAUAUCGGUCAAGUGGAGGGUGCUUUCGUUCAAGGUAUGGGUUGGAGUACACUUGAAGAGGUCGUUACAUUCCCAUCAGGUUAUAUGUUUACUCGUGGUCCUUCAACUUAUAAGAUUCCAGGUUUCAAUGAUGUACCAAUUGAAUUCAAUGUUUCAUUACUUGGUGAUGCUCCAAAUCCAAAAGCAAUUCACUCUUCAAAAGGUGUUGGUGAACCACCACUCUUCCUUGGUUCCUCUGUUUAUUUUGCAAUUCGUCAAGCUAUCACCGCUGCAAGAUUAGAAAAUAAUCUUACCAAUUGGUUCGAUUUACAAUCACCUGCAACUUGUGAAAGAAUUAGAACUUCAUGUCUUGAUAAUUUUGUUUUACAAUUUAGAAAACAAUAA